GAAACGGAUGGAAGAGCAUAAAUAGACACAAGACUUGAAAAGUCCAUCUAACACUUUGAACUUGAAUUUUGAUCACAUUUCCAUCUUCUCUUUCCCUUCCAACAAUGGAAAAUUUUUCCUACAAUUACUCAAACCCUAACCCUAAUAAUGGAGAUAUUUAUAGCUCGAAUUUUAUCGAUACACCGGAGAAUUUUGAGCUCUCCGAUACACCGGAGAAUUUUGAGCUCUCCGGUUAUUAUCUCUUCCCUGAAGAUGGAUUGAGUGAUGAGUUUUUGUCACAAAAUGAAUUUGUUCAAAGUGCUUCCGAUAGUAGAGGAUCAUAUUCCAAUAUUAAACCCGCUCCAACAACUACUCAUCAUAACAUGCAAGUAAAAUGUACAAAAGGUGUAAUGAAGAAGGUGGAUGCAAAGUCUAGGGUUGCAUUUAGAUUUAGAUCAGAGUUGGAGGUGUUGGAUGAUGGAUAUAAAUGGAGGAAAUAUGGCAAGAAGAUGGUCAAGAAUAGUCCAAAUCCAAG